GACUGGUUUGCAGUCAAUUCAACACAACUCUCAAUACAACCACUCUUUUGAACGGCUCUUUCGUCCACCGAUUGUCUCAUGGAUUAAGUGAAUGACACGACACACGAGUCACUGAUUGUCUGGUGAUAAUCGUGUGGUUUGUCUGGUGUUUGUCUGCCAUCGGGUGAGCAUCGGUUGGGAUGUCUGUGGACUCGAGUCUCUUCGUGUUCGCACUCUUCGACACUUCGGCUCUACUUUUUCUAACCGUUUAUAUCGUGAUCACAUUGAGUGACUUGGAGUGCGAUUAUCUGAACGCUCAUCAGUGCUGUAAUAAAUUAAAUAAGUGGGUGAUUCCGGAACUGAUAUCGUAUGCAAUUCUGGUAAUACUUCUCUUAUUCACAAACCAUUGGUUUCUAUUCGUUCUGAACGGACCGAUGCUGUCAUGGAUUGGCUAUAAGUCGGUUCCAAAUAAUACUAUUCAAUACCGAAGGGAAACAUCGGUUUCUAUGACGCGACUGAAGUCCACAACAGAGGGAAUCUGAAACAACUGAUGAAAUUCUCAAUGAUUCGAUUGGCCUUUCAUUUGAUCCAUUUCUUCAUUUACUUGUAUUGUAUGAUAAUUGCAUUGUUGACCAAUCAAUAGAUCAAACCAUCGAUGACAGGAUCAACUCAACGAUCAACUCAAGGAUCAACUCUCCCAACAAUUCUCAAUAUAUUUUUAUUUAGUACUUAAUCUGAUAAUGACUUAAAUUUUAAUAUUUAUUUAAUAAAAUUUACUUAAAAAACUAAAA